AUGAUAUACUCCCUCUGGAUCUUCGACAGACACUGUAUCAUUCAGCAAGACCCAAAGGCUGCCAGGCCCUUGGUUGGUGGUGGCACUGUCAACUUGAACAAUGACAUCGACUCUGCAAAGUUGCUCUUCGGCGCUUUGUUUUCCCUCAGAAACAUUGCCAGCAAAUUGACCUCAAACGUCAACAUCAUCGACAACACCAGCAGCGAUCUUGAUUUUCAAAAACAAAACUACCUCAGAAGCUUUGCAACUCAAAAUUACAGAGCUCACUAUUUCGAAACGUUGUCUGGUCUCAAGUUUGUUCUCUUAACCGAUCCCUCUAUCCAAGAUAUGCAAAAACACCUCCAUGAAAUCUACACCAAUUUCUAUGUUGAAUACGUUGCCAAAAAUGCUCUAUCGCCUGUAGAUUUCAAGCCUGGCGAGCUCAUAGGAAGCGAAAAGUUCAUAAAUAGUGUCGACUCAUAUAUACUAUCCUUAUCCGUUACAUAG